AUGGCAACCAGUGCCCCGGUACUAAGUUAUUAUGAUCUCAAGAAGCCUGUUACCUUAUCUGUAGAUGCCGGUUCAAAAGGAGCAGUGCUUUAUCAAGAAGAAAAACCAGUUGCAUCAAGAUCUGGACGUGCAAGCAAACCACCUGAGUAUUUGAUAGACAAUUAA